CCACUCGCCACUUCGGGUGCAGUUUCUCGAUUACUGGUGAUCGGUACGUUCGCGCGCGUUAUUUGAAUUUACCUUCGAAACGAUUUGAAAGUGACAUUUUUGACACUUUGUGAUUGGUUUAUUGGGAUUUUGUGUUUUUUUUUUUUGAAAGUUGGCAACAUGAUACCACGGCCUAGGUGUAAACUUAGGACGUUCCUCUAUAUAAGUAUAGCAGUCCUAAUUUUAGUACAACUUACUUUAGCGGAGAAGGAAAGAGCGACUAGACGUAGAUUAAGGCGCCCGCUGAAAUCCACCUCCUCACUAAGCACGAAAGCGGCCUCCUCCUCACUAACUAGUAGAAGUGGAGGCGAUCAAGAAGUCUCUCCGAGCGUGAGCAAGUUCCGUAGAACUCGACCGGGACAUAAAAAGAACUCGGAUAACGCGGUGAGCGCCUCCACCGGCAAGAAGGACAAGGAUGGAUAUAAGGUCGUGUGUUACUACACCAACUGGUCACAGUACAGGGUCAAAGUGGGUAAAUUUACCCCGGAAGACAUCCUGCCGGACCUCUGCACCCACAUCGUGUUCGCCUUCGGGUGGCUGAAGAAGGGCAAACUGUCCUCGUUCGAGAGCAACGACGAGACCAAAGACGGCAAAGUGGGCCUGUACGAGCGCAUCCAGAAAUUAAAAAAGGCGAACCCGAACCUAAAAACCCUGUUGGCGAUCGGCGGUUGGUCGUUCGGCACCCAAAAGUUCAAGGACAUGUCCGCGACGAGAUACGCCCGCCAGACGUUCAUCUUUAGCGCGAUCCCGUUCCUGAGGGAUCGCGGCUUCGACGGCCUGGACCUGGACUGGGAGUACCCGAGCGGUAGCGUGGAUAAGAAAAAUUUCGUGCUGCUGCUCAAGGAACUGCGGGAAGCGUUCGAGGCGGAGGCGCAGGAGGUGAAGAAGCCGCGUCUGUUGCUGAGUGCCGCGGUACCGGUCGGUCCCGAUAACAUCAAGGGCGGUUACGACGUGCCCGCGGUCGCCUCCUACUUGGAUUUUAUCAAUUUGAUGGCGUACGACUUCCACGGGAAGUGGGAGAAGGAGACCGGACAUAACGCGCCCCUGUAUUCGCCCAGCUCGGACAGUCAGUACCAGAAACAGUUGAAUGUCGAUCACGCGGCCAAUUUGUGGGUCAAGUUGGGCGCGCCCAAGGAUAAAAUGAUUAUCGGUAUGCCCACCUACGGAAGAUCAUUCAAACUAUCGAACCCCUCCAAAUACACGGUACACUCCCCGGCGAGUGCCGGAGGAAACGAGGGAAAAUACACCAAAGAAUCCGGAUUUUUGGCUUACUACGAGAUAUGCGAAAUGUUACGUAACGGCGCCACUUAUCAUUGGGACGAAGAAAUGAAGGUGCCCUACAUGGUGGACGGGGACCAAUGGGUGGGAUUCGACGACGAAAAGUCCAUCAGGAACAAAAUGAAGUGGAUCAAGGAGAACGGAUUCGGCGGUGCGAUGGUCUGGACCGUUGACAUGGACGAUUUUUCCGGCACGGUAUGCGGUGGGGAAGUCAAGUAUCCUUUGAUAGGAGCCAUGAGAGAGGAAUUGCGAGGAAUUUCCAGAGGCAAGGACGCCAGGGACGUGGACUGGCAAGAGGUGGCAGGGGCCACCGAGGAGGAGGACGAAGAAGAGGAGGAGGAAGUGAUGGAAAAACCGAAACCCUCGAAAAUCGCCGUGUCGGAGGUGCUCAAACGUGCCCGGAAACCAUCGACGAAGAAGGCCCAUAAAACCGCCAUAAAUAAAAAAGUGCGUAAGCCCCAAGUGUUUUGCUACAUGACCAGCUGGUCCCAAAAGCGUCCGGGCGCGGGGAAAUUCACCCCGGAGAACGUGGAUCCGGCCCUGUGCACCCACAUCGUUUACGCCUUCGCCACAUUGGAGGAUCACAAGUUGGCCGAGGCGAGCGACAGGGACCCGGAGAUGUACGACAAGGUGGUCGCCCUGAGGGACAAAAAUCCCGACUUAAAGAUUCUGUUGGCUAUUGGCGGUUGGGCCUUUGGCUCCACCCCGUUCAAGGACCUCACCGGCAACACAUUUAGGAUGAACCAGUUCGUGUACGACGCGAUCGACUUCCUCCGGGAAUACAAGUUUAACGGUCUGGACGUCGAUUGGGAAUAUCCCCGAGGUGCCGACGACCGGGUUGCCUACGUGUCCCUCCUGAAAGAACUGAGGGUGGCGUUCGAGGGCGAAACGAAGACCAGCGGCCAACCGCGACUUUUACUCACCGCCGCCGUGCCCGCCUCCUUCGAGGCGAUCGCGGCCGGCUACGACGUCCCGGAAAUAUCAAAGUACCUUGAUUUUAUCAACGUGAUGACGUACGACUUUCAUGGGCAAUGGGAGCGAACCGUCGGCCAUAAUAGUCCGCUGUUUCCGCUAGAGAGCGCCACCAAGUAUCAGAAAAAGUUGACUGUGGACUACUCGGCCCGCGAGUGGGUAAAACAGGGAGCGCCCAAAGAAAAACUGAUGAUCGGGAUGCCGACGUACGGGCGCAGCUUCGAACUGGUCAACACCACGCAGUUCGACAUCGGGGCGCCGGCCAGCGGCGGCGGCAAACCCGGCAAAUACACCGCGGAGGCCGGUUUUAUGAGUUUCUACGAGAUCUGCGAGUUCCUGCAGGAGGACAACGUCACCCUGGUGUGGGACAACGAGCAACAGGUCCCGUUCGCUUAUCGGGACAAUCAGUGGGUCGGAUUCGACGACGAGAGGAGCUUAAAGACCAAGAUGGCCUGGUUGAAAGAGGAAGGUUUCGGUGGCAUAAUGAUUUGGUCAGUAGACAUGGACGACUUCCGGGGUUCCUGUGGGAACGGCAAAUAUCCGCUCAUAAACGCGAUGACGCAAGAACUGGAGGGAUACAAGGUGAAAUUGGAAUUCGAGGGUCCGUACGAAACGAACGUGGCCUCCGGACAGUACACCACCAAAGACCCCAACGAGAUCACGUGCGACGAGCAGGACGGACACAUAAGUUACCAUCCGGACAAAGCCGACUGCAAGAUGUACUACAUGUGCGAGGGAGAGAGGAAGCACCACAUGCCCUGCCCGGUGAAUCUCGUCUUUAAUCCGAACCAAAACGUCUGUGAUUGGCCCGAAAAUGUGGAGGGGUGUCAGGAGUUCACGCCUGCGCCCAGCAGCUAGUUUUCGUCUUCUUCUUCUUCUUUAUUUGUUAAAUUAUUAUUUAGUGGUCGUAUUUGGGGCUCCUCCGUAUACCGUGAUUUUAAAUUAUUGUAAAUAUACUUCUGUUUUAGUGAUUUUAAUACGCGCCAAGUUUGUGGGCUAAAAUGAGUUUUUUCAAAAAAAAAAAAUAAAUAACGAAA